UCUUUCAGACAGACUGUUUUAUGAUAGGAAGAGAUUUUUAUUUAUAAUUUAUUUAAAUUAAAAAAUAAAGACAGUUAUACGUUACAAAGAAUAAGUAUAUUAUCUGUAAUUGUACAUGUGAAUCAUUCGAUGCUUUAUGAACAACUUUUUAAUGUUUGCAGUCAGCUUGAGGCUAAUCAGGCAGAUUGUGUCGAAGUUGAGUUUCCUGUAGUAAAAUUUAUAGAUCCAACAAAAGUACAUUCUAUCUGAAGUAAUUACUGGGUUUGGCGGACAACAAGUGCUAUAAUGGUUGAACCAGAAAAGCCUUUUGCGUGCACCAUACCAGAUUGUGGUAUGACAUUUACUAAUGAAGAUCACCUAACAGUGCAUACGAAGAAACACGACAUGUAUCUACAACUUGGAUUGGAGCAAAAAGCGGCAUUUGUUGCUGACCAGACUCCCACACCGACACGUUUUAUAAGGAACUGCGAGGAGGUCGGCUUGUUCCAAGACCUGCAGAAUGUGAACCCCUUCGAAGAAGGUUUCAAAAGGGCAAUGGAGACAUGCAAGCAUGGUCUUUUGCUGGAGAAUGCUGUAUCUACAUCCACAUCUGAUGACCUCCAUACUCCUCAAAUGGUAUUCCCAACACUUGACGCCGGAGAUGCCACACUUUAUACAAGCAACAAUAAAAAAAAUAUCACAAUAAGCAGAUCAUCGAGCGAUGAAUCAGGAACAAUAAAAGAGUAUGAAACGACUACCAUAUCUAAAUUGACCAAUCAGGUGACGACUAUCAGUCGCAUCGUUAACAAACUAGACACUGUUGAGAAAUCAGAAGAAUCACAGAAAGGCGACGAUCACGUUAGACACAAAGACGUACAUAAUGAAAGAUCUGUGUCAUACACAAAUAAUAUCAUAAAGAUACAAAACAACAUAGAAAUUAGGAAAGACAAUCUUGUCAAUGUCGAAACUACUAAAAGCAUGCCUUCAAAUAGAAUUACAUAUGAUACUAUAACGAAAGAAACAAGUGGUGUACCAACGAAAGACGUCUUAUUAACAGACAGUAACAAAACACACGAAAAUAACAAAUUGCCUCCGAUUAUGAGUCAGAAAUCUUUAGAUUUCGUCGUUGACAGUCUCACUUCGGAAAUAUGUCAGAAUCAUAAUGGCAAACCUGUUGUUAAGAUGAGAAAUAGAAGAACGAACAAGAUUUUACCUAAAGCAACACUGGCUACUAAUGUUCCAAUGAUAGGCAUGUCAAAAAAUGAUAGUGUUAAAAAUGACGCAACUAAAGUUAAAUUAGAAAGUAAAUGUAACGAUGAUUACGAAGUUACAAUCAAACUGCCGAACGGUAAACGGGUAAGAAUGAAAGCGGUAGAUGAAUCAACGAGCUCUGAUAAAGUAAAAAAAGAGAGUGACGCAAAAGAAAAAUUGAAAAAUGCAAUAAACAAUAAAGUGACACAUAAGAAUUUACAAAGACUGCAUAGUAUUACGGCGCCAAUACAAAGCAUAGUGCCUAUAGCUGCUGGUACUUUAAUACCUGUUACUAUAAUCAAUCCCACCGCAUUAGCUGUACCUAAAAUACCUAUACCGCCGUUUAAUCCAUUCGCCAAACCAAGUCAAGAGUUUAAGAAAACUGUUAAGAGAAAAAUUGUUGGUAAUAAAGUGACUGAUAAUGGUGAGAAGAAUCCCGAUGAUGGUAAAAUAGGCUCUAAAGAUGAUGAUUGCGCAUUUAUUGAACAGCCACAGAAGAAGAGUAAAGAGAAUAUGGACAGCCGAGUGGCUGCUUCGAGACGAUAUAGAGUUCGACUAAGAGAGACCAUGAAGAGGCAAGUAAACGAAAUAAAACAACUCAGGGAAGCGAACCAAAGACUGGCCACUGACAAAGCCGUGCUUCAGGUACUCAUCACUGAGCACAUGAAGACCUGCCCCAACGCCGACGAUUUUAGUGAGCUCAUUUUUUUUAUACAGCGUGUUUGGUAAUACCUGUAUAAUCUCGAUUAUGGCACAUACGGUAUGAUGAACAGAACCCAGAAAAAUGAUCACUAAGUCUGAAACCCAGCACAUGACCUAGAUAUUUAGCCUUUUUCUUCGAAGUAAAACUGUACACUGACAGCCCUAAAAACAGCUGUAUUUGGUCAUCGACUCCAUGUGCCGAACUAGUUUAAAAAAUAACAGAAUUUAAAUAAAUCUAAAGAUAAAUGCCUAGAAUAAAUAUGCAUCCGAGAGUAAUUUGUUAUUUCAAAAACAAAGAAAUAGUUAGUAGUAAAUGACUUUUAACCAUAAAAGAACACCAAUCUUGUGAUUAACGGUGUUUCACAAACUAUUAUUAAGAAAACUUCUCUAAUAAUACAGUC